AUGCCUCCGACGAUGCGUUUCGAGCACUCGAGCCCGACCGCGCGGCUAUUUCACUCUCCCGCGACGGUGAAACCGAGCACGUGGUCGACGGGGGAAAGAACGCUUGACGAUUCAUCUUCAACCGCCGUCGACGAACUCGACGCCGCGUCCUACGCCCGCGUGCUCGAACGAAGAAUCGCGGAGCUGGAAGAAAUCGUGGAAAAAACGCGAAAUACCACCGGUGAUGGGAAGUACGCGGCGAUGGAGGCGAAGUGCGCGGCGUUGCGGGCGGAGAAUGCGAGGCUCAAGGCGACGACGUCGACCGCGGCGCCGCUCCGAGACGUGACGAACGGCUCGCGAGCGCGGGAAUCGACGCCGAUGCGAGCGUUGAAGAGUCGAUUGAGUGAAUCCACGGCGGCGAUGGCGGUCGAGAACGAACUGCGGGUGGAGUUGGCGAAGGCGAAAUCGACGGCGGCGGCGGAGAGCGCCCGCGCGGAGAAGCGGUUUAAUAAAGCUUUGGAGACGGCGUCUGAAAACGAAGAGUGGCUGGCGAGCGCGCUUCGAGCAAAAUGUGAUGAAGUUGAAAAGAGUGAGGCGAAGAGGCGAGGCAUGGACGCGAGAAUGGGCGAAUUACAAGACGCCUUGCGCGUCAGCGAAUCGCGUCUUCGCGAGGCGUUGAACAACCUCGAUGAAUAUCGCGCAGAGGUCAAAUCGUCCAUCAAACGCGAGAAAAAGCACGCAAAAAUCAUGCACGACAAGUAUAAGGCGUGUAAGCGUGAAAGAGCGCAGCUUGAAGCGGAAGUUGACGCGCUGCGUGAACUCGCGUCGACGCCUCCGCCGGAUGCGACGCCCGGGUCGGUUUCCUACACCCGCGCCGCGGAAUCCGCCGUCAAAAUCGCAUCAUUCGCGAUGGAAUUCGCGAUGGAGUACCCUUCCCCAUUCGCCGCUUUCGCCGUGGCUUUAUUCCACGCCUUAUCUUGGCUCUUUCUUCGCCGCGGACCUUCCAGUGUCCUCGCGCCCCCCGAGCGCUUCGACGUCUCCGGCUUCCUCACCGUUUUCCCUUAG